CCUUCGACUUCCAUGCACUUGAAAACCCAUCAACUUCCCUUAAGUGAUCUUCUUAGUAAUUAAGAAAAUCCCAAUGGCGAGCAAUAUUAAGGUUUUCGGGUCUCCCACUUCCGCGGAAGUGGCGAGGGUGUUGAUGUGCCUGUUUGAGAAGGAUGUCGAGUUCCAGCUCAUUCGCAUCGACACUUACAAGGGUACAAAGCGUAUUCCUGAUUACCUCAAGCUACAGCCUCAAGGCCAAGCACUCACCUUCGAAGAUGGGAGGAAGACCCUUGUUGAAUCGCGAGAGAUAUGCAGGCACAUCGCGGAGAAGUACGUGGACCGCGGCAACAAGGACCUACUGCCGGCGGGCACGCUGGAGCGGGCGUCGAUCGAGCAGUGGCUGCAGACGGAGGAGUGCAGCUUCGACCCCCCGAGCUCGGCUCUCAUCUUCAACCUGGCCUUCAGGCCGAUGCUGGGCGAGGAUCCGGACGAGAAGGAGGUCGCGGAGAGCGAGAAGAAGCUGAAAACCGUGCUCAACAUCUACGAGAGGCGCCUCCAGGAGUCGGAGUACCUGGCGGGCGACAAGUUCUCGCUCGCCGACCUCUCCCACCUCCCCAACGGCCACCGCCUCGUCAACAACGCGGGGCGCCGGUCCUUCUUCGAGUCCCGGCCGAAGGUGAACCAGUGGUGGCAGAAGAUAUCGAGCCGCCCGGCGUGGCAGAAGGUGGUGGAGAUGCAGGUCUCGCCGCCGCAGAUGAUCUGAAGGGGAUUGAUUCGAUAUAUGGUGAUGAUCAUGAUGAUGAUCACGUUUGCAUGCUGAGUACUACUGCGAUCGAAAAUACGUUUGCUUCUUUUCUGAAUGUUCUUUGAAUAAGUCGUCGCUCCCUCGAACCCAUGAUGUGGGAGUCCCAAGCAUGUUGUUUUGCUUUACGUACGUAUGUGCAUGCAUGGUGUGGUGCUUCUCGCCCAUGCAGGUGUUAAUUAAAGAGUCUUUGGAGUGGUCGUUUGUUAUUAUGAUGUUGUAAUGCAUGAACUUGAUGCUCAGCAUAAAAAACCUAUUAAUAUAAUUAAGCCCAUGAUCGA